AUGCGAGUGUUGCCAAAUGUCGAGGAAAAAUGCAAUGCGGUACUGCAGACGCUCGAAGGCCAUUCGCACUUGAUCAACGCCGUGGCCUUCUCGCCGGACGGCAAGACGCUGGCGUCAGCAUCGGAUGACAAGACUGUCAAGCUGUGGGACGCCGGGUCGGGGGCCGUGCUGUAG